AUGGAGGACGUACAGGAUGAAAUUGCUUAUUGGAGUACAGCAGUUAUAUGCUAUAUUCUGGAAACAGACUCCCGAUGGGAUAGGGGAGAGAAAGCGGUUGCAGAAGGUGUUCAAAUGUUUGAUAGGAAGCCCAUAGUGGUUAAGCCAUGGAAACUAGAAAUAGAUCUAACUAAGGAAACUGUAGAUAAGGUGCUAAUAUGGAUAUGGAUGCCAGGCCUAGAUAUCAAAUAUUGGGGCAGGAGUGCCUUGACCAAGAUAGCAGGAUUGGUUGGAAAACCCCUGAAAGCAGAUGGAGCAAUCAUGUAUAAGGAGAGGUUGACAUAUGUAAGAGUUCUAGUGGAGAUGCCACUACAUCGAGCAUAUCCAACUGGGGUAAUGUUUGAGAAUGAGAAUGGCAAGGUGAUUGAAAAAUUGAUAGAAUAUGAAUGGAAACCUGUUAUGUGUACCAGAUGUAAAAACUUUGGACACGAGGAGAAUGAAUGCAGAAGGAAACAAAGAGAUGAAGCUUGGUUUCUUCGAGAAUGCCCAUUAGCAGAUAUACAGAAGUACUCUUUGAACUUUGAAGUUGAAUGA